AGUAGUUAAAGCACUUUAAUGAGCACACAAAGGCGCGCACUGUUGGCAGCUAUUAGCUGCUCAUUCUGGACGGCCACAAGAGCCACAACUCAGUUGAAUUCCACCAGUACUGCGCGGAACACAAGAUUAUUACCCUGUGUAUGCCUCCACACUCGUCGCACCUACUGCAGCCACUUGACGUGGGCUGUUUUUCUCUGUUAAAGAAGGCCUAUAGCCGCCAAGCCAAGCGGCUGAUGCGUAGCAAGAUCACGCGUAUCACUAAACUUGAGUUCUUGCCGUGCUUCAAAGCAGCUUUUGACGCCUCAAUCACAGAGAGUAACAUCUAGGGAGGAUUCAGAGGUGCUGGCCUAGUCCUACUUGACCUAUAGGCUGUGCUAUUAAAGCUUAAAGUACAGCUGCGCACGCUAACGCCACCUACUGUGGACAACAGAUUUAGAGACACGCUGAUAGCUUGCCAACGUCUAUAGUUAAUGCUCUUAAUUAGCUUACUAAAGGCGCAGAGCUGAUAGCGUAUUCACUAGUUUUAGUGCGCAACUAGGUUGCUAACCUACAGGCAGCCAACAAGGCCGCCACACGUUGUAAAUCACACAAAAGGAAGCAAGUACAGCGAGAGGGGACUCUAACCUUUGCUAAGGGAGUGCAGCUAACUACUCUAAAGGAGUUUAAGGCCUGUAGUGAUGGGAAGAAGGCAAAGAAGAGGUUGCGUGUUGAUGGGAGCACUCAGUCUUUAAGGCGCUGUGG